AUGGCCGAUCCGUCCCACUUCGCUGAUCCCUUUUGGGAACCCCAGGAGAAGAUCCCUGUUGAACUUGACGCUCAACCCCAAAUCAGCCCCUUCAAACCCGCCAAUCUUCUAUCCUCAAUCUCGUCUUCCUGGAGGACUAUUCCUGUCGGGAUUGACUUUGCUGUGGGAGGUCUUGGUACCAUUGCCGCCAAAGCUGAUUCCCCCAAAGAAAGUGUUACAUUCAUCAUUCGCCCUGAAAAGCGAAAGGAACAGCCGACUCUGAAACUUGAAAUCACCAAGACUGACUGCAUUCUCUCGAAGAAAGAAAAAGAUGCUGACAAGUUUGUCGCGUAUAAAGAAAAGCUCACGUUUAAGCCUGGCGAGGACAGGAGCAAGUCCUACGACCUUGUCAUGUUUCCGAAAGGAAAAGUCUCAGCUUUGCUUGAUACGUUGACGAAGCAAGCUACCUAUUGGAUCUCUGUUGACAGGAGCAACGCUCGCAUCCGGUAUGGGCAAUCUCUGAUCAACAAUUCCAUGACCUUUAUGGAGAUCCAGUUCGAGAAGAAGAAUGCUGCCUGGAUGGAUAACCUCGUUUCCACCGAAGUUGAGCAGGAUGAAUCUCCGAUCUCCAGCAAAGACAUCAAGUACAAGCCGCAGCCUGUUACUGUUGAUCUCCCACCCGUAGUUAUCCCCGAGUCGGAGAUGACGCUCGAGAUACUGGAGAACAUGACAGCCAUGACGUUUGCCAAUCUGCCCAAGGCCUGUCAGAAGCUGUACCAUAAUAUUUCUGGACCUAAGAUCACAGCGAGACCGAAUUCGUUCCCGAAGCUUCCUGAAGCUGUUGACGAGAGUUGCAAGGAUGAGAACAAGUACUGUGGUGCCAUCCUUAAGAACAAGGACACCUUUAAAGAUCCAACCGAGACCUAUCUUCGUAUCACGGUCGGUGAUAAUCUGGCCGACUCUCCCGGUAUUCCCUACGUCAUGGAGAUUUGGCCCCCAGGUCACAAGUCACCCAUUCAUCAACACGGCGACGCCUCAGCAGUCAUCAGAGUUCUCUAUGGAAAGAUCCAAGUAUCCUGGUUUGACAAGGUCGAGGAAGGAAGUCCGUCACAACUUAUUGGAAACCCGGUGAAUCUUGAAGAAGGCAAGGUUACUUGGUUGGGCAAGGACCAGUAUCAGGUGCACCAACUGGAGAAUACCUCGGACACUGUCUGUAUCACUCUUCAGUGCUAUCAGUUUGACGAUGAUGAUAGGGUUCAUGAUGAGGCAUUUUAUUGGAAGGAUAAGGAUGGGCAUAGGAACAAGUUCGUUCCGAAUAGCGACAGCUCGUAUGGACUGUUCGUGCAGAAGGUUCAUGAGGAGUGGAGGAAAUCGCACCCAAAUUAG